AUGCUUCGAAUCAAAAGUAUUUUACUGGGAGGAAAUAAUGUUUCUGUUCAAGACAAAUUUGUUCCUUUGAAAGAAGUUCAUAUUGAAGGCAAGAUUCAUUCAUUUGCAGCUGAUGUAACAAUUAAACAAAUCUUUCGAAAUGAUGAAAACAAUCCAAUCGAAGCUGUUUAUUGUUUUCCAAUUGAAGAACAAGCUGCAGUUUACAAAUUCAUUGCACAAAUUGAUGAUCGACAGAUAGAAGCUGAAUUAAAAGAAAAAAAACAAGCACAACAAGACUACAAUAAUGCUCUUCAACAAGGACGUGGUGCAUAUCUACUCGAACAAAAUGAACAAUCACAAGAUAAUUUCAUUGUUAAUAUCGGUGCACUUUUACCUGGCAAAGAAUGUCAUAUAACAAUCUCAUAUGUUACUGAAUUAAAUCUGAUUGAUAACGGAAACAAAAUUCAUUUUGUUAUUCCAACAACAAUUGCACCACGAUACAAUCCAUCACAAGGUGGAAUUUCAUCACCAGCUCGAACAAAUUCUGAAUAUGUACAAACAACACCAUAUACAAUUGAUUUUCAAUGUCAAAUUGAUAAAACAAAUGUAUCAAGUGUUAGUUCAACAUCACAUCCCAUUCAAAUUGAAUUUAAUCAACAAGAUUAUUAUCUGGUUAAAUUCAGCCAAAAUGAAACACAUCUCGAUCGAGAUAUUCUUCUUGAUAUUCAUUUGAAUAAACAACGAUCAAAUACAAUUUUAGCAAUCGAAUCAAAUGCUUUGAUGAUUUCCUUUACACCAAAUGAACAAGAUUGUCAACGUGCAAUGAAUAAUGUCGAAGUUACAAAUGAAUUUGUAUUUAUUGUUGAUUGUAGUGGAUCAAUGCAAGAUGAGAAUAAAAUUGGUUAUGCUCGACAAUCAAUGGUACUUUUUCUUAAAAGUCUCCCAUUAAAUUCACAUUUUAAUAUUAUUCGAUUUGGAUCGAGUUACAAACCAUUAUUUGAUCAAGCAACUGAUCUUUAUAAUGAAGAGAAUUCGAAAAAAGCUGAGCAAUUGGUUAAUAAUAUGCAAGCUGAUUUAGGUGGAACAGAAUUGUUAAAUCCAAUGAAAUGGCUUGAAGAACAUCCAGCACAAGAAGGUCGUUCUAGACAAAUAUUUCUUUUAACCGAUGGUGAAAUUUCCAAUGUUGAUGAAGUUUUGAAUUUAUGUCGAUCGAUGUCGAAAUCAUCGCGAAUAUUCUCAUUUGGUUUAGGUCAAUCACCAAGUCGUUCAUUAGUUAAAGGUUUAGCACGUUCAACCAACGGUCGUUUUUGUUUUAUUCCACCAUCAACGAAAGUUGAUACAUAUGUUGGACAACAAUUAGAAAAAGCUCUUCAACCAUCGAUAACAAACCUUGAAAUCAAAUGGAAUUUACCCAUCGAAAUCGCGACUGCACCAAAAGUUCUUCCACCCGUUUAUGCAAAUGAUCGCUUAAUUAUUUAUGGAUUAAUCAAUGAUCCAACAAUUGUAUUUGAUCAUCAGAUUCGAAUUGAAUUAUUUAAUAACCAACAAAAAUUAAGUGAAGCAACAAUAACUCAAAUUCCGGCGAUUAUUCAAAAUCAAACAAUAAGUCGUUUAGCUGGAAAAGCUUUGAUACUCGAAUUGCAACACUCUAAAUUACCAUCAAUCCCAAAAGGAUCAAGACAAACAAGAUUUCGAGAAUUAAAUCAACAAUCAAUUGACAAACAACAGGAGGAACAGAGAGAACGUAUUAUCAAUUUAUCAUUAAAAUAUCAAAUUCUUAGUCCUCAUACUUCAUUUAUUGGAAUUGAAAAACGUUUAAACGGAAAUAAUGAACAAAUGGUUUUACGCGAAGUUCCAAUUCAAAUUUCAGCUGAUGAUCAACAUUUAGUUCAACCAGCUCCAACAAACGGUGCGUUUAUGCAAUGCGCAAGUUCUAUGCGUUCACCCUUAUCACAUAUGUUCGCCAGCAUGGCUUCUCAUAAAGAUCGCUCCGAUAGGAGAGGUCGGCAUAAAAAACCUAUUUCAAACUACCUUGGUUGUUAUUCAUCACGUGAUAUUUCCUUGCAUUGCGCUAAGCAAAUAGCGUGCAUGUACGAUGCAUUUGAAAUAGACGAGUCCAGAAAAGUCUUUCUAGACGAUGACGAAGAGUCCGAAGAAAAAUUUCCAAACGAUGACGAAAACAUUGUUCGUUAUUUAAUCGAUAAACAAAAUUUCGAUGGCCUUUGGAAUUUGGAUUCAGAAAUCAUUGAAAAAUUAACUGGAAAACCAUUAAAACAAUUUCAAUAUUCUCUCGAUGACAAAUUAAUUGUUUCAANCGAUGCAUUUGAAAUAGACGAGUCCAGAAAAGUCUUUCUAGACGAUGACGAAGAGUCCGAAGAAAAAUUUCCAAACGAUGACGAAAACAUUGUUCGUUAUUUAAUCGAUAAACAAAAUUUCGAUGGCCUUUGGAAUUUGGAUUCAGAAAUCAUUGAAAAAUUAACUGGAAAACCAUUAAAACAAUUUCAAUAUUCUCUCGAUGACAAAUUAAUUGUUUCAAUUAUAAUUGUCAUUUUAUUGGAAACUCGUUUUUCAUCAUAUUCAUCAAUGUGUCAUGGAAUGAUACAAAAAUCCAAGAAACAAAUUCUCAAUUUAUUGAACAAAGAUCAAAAUCACUUUGAAUCUCUAUUUCAACAAAUUCAAAAACAACUUUAA